AUGGUAUUUAUCGUCUGCCCUCUCCCCCAUUCUGUCGUUGUUUGCCCAUGUCUCCCAGGCUACGACGGCGGUGACUGCUGCGAGUGCACAUGCGUGAACCCAUGGGGCGACGACGACGACUGGGUCUGCUCCAAAGACGGCUCCGGGUUUGCUUGCAUCGACCCGGACGCCUCCUGUGUUGACGACGACGACAUCACCGUCGAAAUCGCGCAGAAUUGCGACACUUGGGGCUUGGGGGACGGCUGGUGUGACCAGGACAAUAACAACGAGAUUUGCGGUUACGACGGCGGCGACUGCUGCGAGUGCACGUGUGUGAGCCCAUGGGACGACGACGACGACUGGGCUUGCCGAAAUUACAACGCCUGUAUCGACCCUGACGCCCCCUGUGUUGACGACGACGACAUCACCGCCGUCAUGGUGGAGGAGUGCGGGUGGGUGAGAGGUGUGGGCGAUGGAUGGUGUGACGAGGACAACAACAACGAACUGUGCGGCUACGAUGGCGGUGACUGCUGCGAGUGCACAUGCGAGGCUCCACCUGCGGACGAUGACUGGGACUGGGAUGACGACUGGUACGGCCCCUGCGGCUCCGGCUUCGCCUGCAUCGACCCCAACGCGCCUUGCGUUAACGACGACGACAUCACUGUCGAUGUCGACGAGAGCUGCGACGCUGUCAAUAUGGGCGACGGCUACUGCGACAUAAGCAACAACAUCGAAGCCUGCGGUGCGUGCUCAUGGCUCUCGUGCACGGACACACCAAACAACAAGUGCGGUAGGUGGAGCGGCUUCGCCUGCAUCGACCCUGAAGCACCCUGCGUCGAUGACGAUUCAUUCACCGUGGAUAUGAUCGACAACUGUGACUGGGGAAUCGGGGAUGGCUGGUGUGACGAAGACAACAACAACGAGCUGUGUGGGGACAGGGUGAUUGAAGGGUGGGAGUCCAUAGUGAACGCAACGGCAGAGAGAGUAGUGAGAACGACGGUGGUACGAUGUGGGGUAUCGGUUAAGUGGUUGGAUAACGAGCUGAAAGAAGAAAUAGGGGAACGCAGAGAAGUCUUCAAGCAGUUCCUGAGUGAGGCGUUUGAGGAGAGUUGGGAAAACGUAACCGUAGACAUGAUCGAAAACUGCAGCUGGUCGACAGGCAUCGGCGACGGAUACUGCAGUGAAAAUCUCAACACGCCCGAAUGCGCCACUGCCCCUUUCGUUUCUCUUGAAACCGUCGAAACAAGGAUAUCCCUCCAUUUGCCGCUCGCCCUCCGCCAGAAUAUCUACGACGACGACUGGAGUUGCACGCGGUUCGCCUGUAUUGAUCCAGAGGCAGCCUGCGUUGACGACGAUGACAUCACCGUCGACAUGAUCGAGAACUGCGACUACCCGUUGUCCGUAGGAGACGGCUGGUGUGACAAAGGAAACAACAACGAGGCUUGCGGCUACGAUGGAGGCGACUGCUGCGAGUGCACGUGCGAGUAUGAAUCUCCUUAUGAUUGGGAUGAUGAUUGGGACUACCACUGCAGGGAGUUUUCUUGCAUCGAUCCCAACGCGGCCUGUGUAAGCGAUGACGACAUUACUGUCGACAUGUUCGAGAACUGUGGCUACGUCUCCGGCAUAGGCAACGGCUGGUGCGACAGAAACAACAACAAGGAGGAAUGCGGCUACGACGGCGGCGACUGCUGCUCUUGCACAUGCCAGAGCCCGUAUGAUGACGACUACUUAUGCAGCAGCGAGUACGGCUCCUUCGACUGCCAAGACCCGAACGCCUCCUGCUUCGGCGAAGAAAGUACUGGGAGCGAUGACUAUAGCACCGAUGACGAGCCAAUGUCGUACGAAUUCGUCCCCUGGGAAGAGACAGAGGCCCUGCCGACGGUCGACGGUGCUGUUGAGGUGGGCACCAAGACCGAGGUUGGCGUAUCAGCUACCGCCCACGACGUGCGGGCCGGCAGGAGCAGCGGCGACGUCGGGUGCGGAGAGGUCGGUGGUCUUGGCUGCACGGCGACCAACACCCGUGAUGGCAUCUUCUCCGAGAUCGAGUCGAGGUGGUCGUGCGCCACGAAGCUCGUGGAUGACGAAGGGCCGUGCCAGAUUGAGUUCACCUUUGCCGAACCCCAGACCAUUAUGGACAUCCAGGUUGCCUUCUGGAAGGGCAACGAGCGCACCCGUACCCUAGAGGUGAGGGCGACACCCAGCAGGCUGAAGACUAUCGAAAUACAAGCCGUCUUUUUUGGUCACUGUGUUGCCCUCGACAACACUUUCGCGACUGUACGCCACCGUGAGGACGGCAUUUCGACACGUCUUAAUGCACAGCAUGGAGGCGGCGCCCGAAGCAAGAGUUUCAUCUUCCUUACCGCGCAAACCUUCCCCACACAGGUCCACAUCAACGGCGAGAUGACCCACACUCACGAGUCCUACACCGAUGCCACCUUCAACAUGCUCGGUGUGACGGCUACUGACGUCAGUACUGUGAUGCUCGAGUCCGUCGCUCUCCUCUCGGACGAAUGGAUCAGUCUCAUCGAGGUGAGCGGUGUGUCCACGAUUGCUUGUUGCGGGGGCCUGGGAAAUUUGCUGACCGGUGAUGACGAGGGGAUCAUGUUUGGUGUGCUUAUGUUGUUAUGAGACAUACGUAGACAGAGCAAGGUAGUUGUAUACCCACCAGGUCAAUAUUGGACACAAACCCUAUCGAGCAGGACAAACACUUGGGCAGCCAAGGAAAAGGUUGGACUUGCAAGGCUUGUAUUGUUUGUCCAGUUAUAUCCGUUUCGCAACCAGUUCGCCUUU